AUGCGUUGGUUGUUUGGAUCUAUAGUUGUACUAAUAGCAGGAUGCACAACCGCUUCUGAAUUAGUAGGUCUGUCUCCGAAUAAAUUGAAGGAAUACCAUGAUAAUAUUGUUACGGUGGAUGGUAUAAAAAAAUGGAAGUGUCUAGGAAAUCCAGAAAUCCUAGUUGAGUGGUCACAGAUAAAUGAUGGGGUAUGUGACUGUCCUGAUGGUUCGGACGAGCCGGGUACUUCUGCAUGUACGAAUAAUAAUGAUGAUUUAUUCUAUUGUGAAAAUGAUGGCUUCAUCCCUAAAUUUAUCCCUAGGAGUUCUGUAAAUGACGGCAUUUGCGAUUGUUGUGAUUGUUCUGAUGAGGCCUUGCUUUCAAAAGUAGAUAACAAUGCAGUCGAUGUAAAAGGAAAUACUUGCUCAAAAUUGAAGACAGAACUAGAAAAUGUUGUCAAGGAUGAGCUUGCUAAUUACAAAUUAGGUCAAAAGAAACUUCUCAAACUUUUAUCUAAGUAUAACAUCCCCUUAGCUGAUGGUAGUCAAAAGAAUGGACAGGAAACUAUCAAGGAGAACAAAUUACUCGUGAAGAAAUUAAAAUCGGAAAUUGAAACUAUCUCACAAACAUUAAAAGACAACAAGGCGGUACUGAAAGAGGAGAAAGGAAAUUUCUUAAGAAAAUUAAAGGAAGAUGAUCCUAUUUUAUAUGCCUACAAUGAGAUAGAUAACAAAGAGAUAGUAGGAUCGUUGAAUUCCUCAUUUUAUGAGGUUGCUAGAAUUAGUCAAGCUUACGUUGAUCUUCUUAAGAUUAUAGAUGACCUUUCUAACUCAUAUUCUGAUUCGUUAAAUGAUCGUGUUGUGAAUGAUAAUGUGGAAAAAUAUUAUGAAAUUAUUAGUCAAAACGAAAUGCAUAAGGUGAAUGCUGAUGCAGCCACCGAUAGAGAUUUGAGUCUACAGUUAACGGAAUAUUUCCAACAAGAGUUGCCAGCUCUAUUUUGGGAAAGAGAAGCAGAACAUGAUGCAAAAUAUGUUGUAAAUAAAGCAGGUUUUGUGGAUAAUUUAAUUAGGGGUAAAAUUCAAUAUACUGAAACGUUACUUAAUUUUGUCAAACAAUUCCGUGCCAUUAUGGAUGACAUUUCCUCAAAUUAUAAUGUUAAUUUUCAAGAUAGUGGUGUGAAGGCUGCUGUGGAGUCGUAUCAGAAUUAUCUUGGUAAAUAUGAUGACCUUUUAGACCUUAAGAAACUGGAAAUACCGAAGAAUUUUUCAAAUGAGCUAGAAAAAUUGAGAACGUUGGUCAAGAAAUCUGCCCAAACACUUCUCAGUUCUGACGCAGAUGACGAUAAAUUGCAGCUAGAAGAUGAUCAACAAAUGAAAUUCGAAUCGUCAAAAUUAUCCACUAUAAAACGUCAAGUAAGCACACAUGAAAAUGAGGUUGCAAAAUUAGAAAACAAGCUUACUGUAAAGAAUAAUGAGCUGAACUCUUUAGAGGAAUCGAUGGCUUCAAAAAAUAAUGAUGUUGAAGACAAGAAACAUCAAUUAUUAAUGGCUAGGAUUUCUAACUUACUGGAGGAAAUGGGAGACACGAAGAUUAUUCAGGAAGAAUUAGAUAAUUACUUAUAUGAGAUUACAGCUAACCCUAAAACUCCUGGCAGCAUAUACCAAAUAGAGACCAAGAAUGAUGGGAAUAUUGUAAAGAUUGGUAGUUUGCAACGAAUUAGUUUGAAUAAAGAGGAUAACCUACAAAAAUACGUGGAGCAUUUAAAGAUGCUAUUCCCCAAAGAAGAUUUGGUUUCUCAUUUAAUCAGUGAAACUGAAAGUGAAACAGGCGAUAGGAAGUAUUUAUUUGGGAACUUGGCGAACAUCAAUAAUGGUGUAGUUCUUGAAUAUGGUGAAGGCCAUAGAUGUUGGAAUGGACCUCAAAGAUCGGCACAACUUUUUAUUAAAUGUGGUGAGAAAUUUAAGUUACAUAAUGUUUACGAAGCUACCAAGUGCAGAUAUGUCUUUGAUGCUAGUGGGCCUCUGGGUUGUAGCGAGAGUUUCAAAUACUUACCAAUUUCGGACGAUUGGGUGAAGAAUCCACAAGCUUAA